AUGUCACAUCUGGACCCUUCUUCCUCGUCAUCGCGACCCCGUUACAACUUGCAGACUGAGCUUGGCCAACCCCCUGCCAUGUCCACUUCAUCUGUGCAUUUCAGCCCGCAUAAGGUAGUGGAGGCCCGCAGCACACACCAAUUACUGGAAGCGCAAUCUCGGACAACAUGCUGCCGGAUCGUCGGGAAGCUCCUUGCACUGGGAUUCGUCCGGCAAAUGGCCCUUCCAUCAGAUAACGUGUCUGCAUCCCACCCAAUUCUGUCGAAUGUCGUCUACCUACCCUCGGUUGCUGCCCGGAAGUAUCUUACAGUUGUAUGCACCGAAGAGCUCUGUACAACGUAUCCUCCCGCAAACACGAAGACCCCUUGCUUGCCUCUCGUUCGACGCCGCACUGUUGCUCUCUCUAUUCUUACCAGUAUCGUCUCGCUACAUCCGGCGUUCUUUCGCAUCAUGGCGCCUCGCUUUCCUCUCGAUGAAGCACCCGGCGGGUCAGAAGCAAAGGAGGUCAUCCAGGAAGCCUUGUCCAAGAUGCACGGCGGUGCCUCGCCGUUCCCCUGGAUUGACGAGGAAGGAAACACGCUGCUGGGAUGCUAUGCCGGGUUGAGGCUGACCAUCUGCCACCCACGUUCUCACCCCCCUUCCGCCUCGUCCUACAGCUACACACCUGGUGUGGCGAAGCAGUUCUUCGAAGUAGCCAAAUCCAUCUAUGCGUCCGGCGUCAAGCCGCGCAACAGGGAGCUGGCCAUCAUAGGGCUGGCUUCUGUCCUCCGGGUUCCCUAUGUGGCUCUGUGCCACCGAGCGGUCGCACCCAAGGUCGGCCUCACCCCCGAGCAGUUCGAGGAUGGCAUCGCCGGGAAGGUACCGCGGGACCUGAGCGAAGAGGAGGCGUUGGCCUACCGCCUUGGUCGCAUCUUGACCUCGCUCAACGGGCCUCUGGACGAAGAGACUUGGCGGGAGGUCACGGAGAAGAUGUCCAAGACGGAGUUUAUCGGUAUCGCGCACACCGUGGCGGGGUAUCGUUGGGUUUCGCUGCUGGAGCAGGUCAAUGCUGACUCGAGGUGGGAUUGA